AUUAAAAUGCAAACAUACCAAAGUUUGAAUUUAAUUCAAAUCAAAUAAUUCCCUAAAUCUAAAAAACCAACGAACGAGCCAACGGUGCACUGAAUCGACUUAGCAAUCCCUCCGCAAUGACCGACUCCUCUGUAAGCGAUACGACGUCGAAGAGCAGCAGCGCCGGCGGUGGCGGUUCGGACGCAUCUCGAAUCGGCGACGUAAAGCAAUGGCUCACUCAAGAGUUCUCCCAAGCCGGAAAAGAAGUGCCCGAUUUCGAAUAUACCCCUCGUUCGGUGGCGUAUUUACACAACCUUGCCACUCUCUCCCAGGCCCAAACUCAAGCUUCCAAGAUCCUCGCUUCCGAUUUCCGCCUCAAAGCCUCCGAAUACCGAGCCCAAGCUGCGAGGAUCAGAGAGAUAUUGGAGAGUGUGGGUUUGGCACAGGAGGGUUUGCCUUCGAAUGUGGUGUCAUCAGCUCAGGUUUUAGCCAAUGUAGCCAAUUUGUUGAAUAUAAGAGACACUGAGCUCAGCAGUUUUCUUGUGGCGAUGGGGGAUAUAUCGUUGAGGAAGACGGGUGUGGAGGAGAAGAGGGCUAAAGCGCAAAAAGAGUCUAAUGUUCUUCUUGAUUACACUCGAAAGGCGAUUUCCAGGUUAACUUAUUUGAAAAGAACACUUGCUCAACUAGAAGAUGAUGCAGGCCAUUGUGAGGCGCAUGUUGAGCAUUGGAAGAACAACUUGGUGCUCAUGCUUGGUAAGGAGAAACAGUACAAUCAAGAGACUGUCCGUUUCAAGGGAACUCUUGAUCGCGUGGGCUACACCCCAGAGAUUAGCCAUGGGGUGCUGGUUGAAUUGGCCGAGCACAGAAAGGAAUUAGAGAAGAAGACAAAGCCCGUCCUUGAUACUUUGAGAAGCUACCAAGACUUGCCGCCGGAUAAAGCUUUGGCUGCUUUAGCAAUCGAGGACAAGAAAAUACAAUAUGCUGCUGCGGAGAAGUAUCUCGAAGAUGUAUUGCAUUCAGCUCUAGCCACUUCAGAGUAAUGGACCACUAGACUUAUUGUUGUAUGAUUGCGUCUGUAAAAUUAUAUAUAGUUUUGUUUGCGUUAUUGGAGAACUGGUAAACGGGUCAGUGUUUCUGUUGAUCCGAUGAUUGUUGCACAAGUGUGGUCUCAUUAUUUUUGCUUCUUUUAUUUUUGAGCUGUUUAACACCCAAAUUUUUAUCAAGAUAGAGUUAAAUUUGGGGAUUUGGCUACAACAUACUUACAUUUACUAAAUGGAUUCACGAUCUCGACGAUUAGAUGGUGAUUGUAUUAUAUUCA